AUGUCGUGGACCAGUUGUAAUAAACGGUAUAACCGCAGCACUGCAAAUUAUGAAAUGAUUGACAAAGUAAAGAAGAAGUUAUUCAUGGCCUGUAAGGAGACCGAAAACUUUGAAGAAGGUGACAAAAUACUUACCGCGGACUGCGCAGAAAAUGUCAUUGUUUGUAGCAACGGCAACGGACAUGCUCUAAAUUGUGAAGAAGAAGGCAAACAAACAUUAACCGAAAAACGCGCUAUAACAUCGGUAAAAAAUUACAUUGUUUACCCUGAUAGUUCAGAACUAGAACUAGAAAGUUCUAUCAUAUUGAUAGAUAGUAACGAUGAUGACGCUGCAGACGUAGAAAAAAAAACAUCAAGAAAGAGAAAAAGGUGCCCUGAAAAUUGGCAGAGAAUUGCGAGGAAAAAAAAGAGAAGCUGGUGA